ACAAUUCGCAUAAAUACUGGCACAAUUGAGCACAAAACGGGCACAAUUGACUACAGUUGAGAAACAGUAGAAAACCAAAUGUGGGGUGCCGAGCCGGUUUAAUUUUUGCAUUUCAAUAUCAAAAUAUAAGCGAAACGGGGUUGCAAUAGUGUGCUUUAUUUUUUACUGACCCUACCUAGGUACUUCUCAAUUAUUAUUCAUUAAUUUAAUAGGUACUAGAACGAUUUAAUAUGGACAUUCAAAGUGAGCUUAUUUCACAAAGCCAAAUAGUGAUACCUAAUUUAGAUUCUCAUAAUCAUAUUCCAGAAAAACAUUGCAAGUUUCCCAUAUUGUCCAUGCGUUUUCAUAGUAAACGCGCCAGUAAAGGAAUUUAUUUACAUAUUUAUUUAUUCACUCUUCACAAACCCUAAUUUUUAUUAGUAAUUACAUGCAAAGGAAACUUACAACUAAGUAGAUAUUUGAUUUAUAAAAAAAAAGCAAAACAAAUGCUUGACUAAGAAAUACUAACUAGCAAUACACACAAAUAAAAGAGCGAUGUCCUGAUACAACAAAUCCAGUAUUAUAAAACCAGAAAAUGCUUGGGGUUUUCGCGAGUAUUUUCAGCCACGAGUCUUUUAUGCUUACACACAUUAAAUGAAACUUUAAAUUUACACUUAUAACACUAGAUAAAUCCGAAUUUACGAUAAAAUAGUUGUCAGCACAAACUAAACAUCAUUCGUAUCAGCGGCCAUCUUGAAAAUCCGGCAUGCGCGUGACGUCACAGCAAUUGUGAACAAAUUUAGCCGAUUGAGCAAUCCUGUAGAAUUACGAUUCUUGGGUUGAAACUAGUUUUCUGACUGUUUCCAACCAAUGAAAUUCGCUCUGACUGGUUUGUGAUUGCUGUGCGAACAGGCCUUGAUGCCUGGGCGCCUAUUCUUGAAAUAAUGUGAAAGGAACAUUCGCCUGGGAGAAGUGAUCGGUUGCCUCAUAUUUGUUCUAUGUGAUGUGAUCAAAACCCGACGACCCCGAAGUAUCGAAAUCAGUUUUCUCGAACACGGUGUGAGAGACAGCUGAAAUGUCAAAAUUCAAAUAUUUUGAGGUUAACGAUUUAUCAAUCUUUGUUAAUGUUAGGUUAGUUAAGGAUGUUUUGUUGUUUAUUAUUUUUAUUGUUAUGAUUUAUGAAAGUGAUUUGAGAUUAUCAUAUAAUAAUAAUAUCAUUAUUUAAGUAGUGUUAGUAUUUAAAUUUAGAAAAAUGGAAAAAUCUGCCACAUCGCGCAGACAUCCCGUAAAUUCAAAACAAAAAGAAAUAUUAGUAGAAUUCAUGAAACAACAUUCCGAUUUAAAGACCGGCAGGUUUACUUCCCAAUUUACAUUUAAAAAAGCUCAGCAACUUUGGGAGGAAAUAGCAGCUAAACUAAACAAAAUAUCAAAUGGCUCACAAAAAAACUGGCGUCAAUGGAGAAAGACUUGGCAAGAUCUUAAAAAAAAUGCAAAAACUAAAGCAUCAAAAAACAAGAUGUAUGCAAGCCAGACAGGUGGGGGACCUCCAGUAGUUGAAGUCUUGGAAAAAGUUGAAAACGAAAUCUUGGACUUAAUGACGCCCAUUGCCAUCCAAGGACUUCCAUCUAUUAAAGAAUCUUCAACUCAUUUCAACUUUGACACAGACUUCUAUGACUUAAGUAGUUUUGAUAUAAAUAAUGAUGAGGAUAUACCUAAUCAAAACCCUAGAUUGGACACUAACAUAGGAGAUAUACAUAUGGAGCAAGAAAUACAGGAUCACAGUGUAGUUAAAGAUAUACAGUUUGAUGAGGUCAUUAUUGAUCAAGAAAAUACAGUACACCCUAGUACUGGUACUGGCAACAAGACUGGCAAUGACCACUCAUAUUCUUUAGAGUUUCCCGGGCCAAAAGAAAAAGGAAUCAUCCCGAAGAAGCGACUCACUAAAACCAGAAGGUUAACUAGCUCUCUACAAGUAGGUCAAAAAGCCGCAAAUUCCAUGGACAGAAGGACUGAGAUGUUUGAGAGCUACUACGAAGAAAAAAAGAAUUAUUUGAAACACAGGAAAAAUUAUGAAAUGAAAAAAUUAAACUUGCUUAGAAUUAAUAAGAACACUAACUUACAAAUUCUAGAAACAUUAAAAUCUAUGCAUAAAUGCAACUGUUCAAAGUAAAAUUAUUGUAACGUGUUGGAUGCAGGUCAUAAAAUUGGUGUUUUUGUGCUACCCAUUCUGUAAGUUGACUUUUUUGACCUACGUCCAUGAACUGUAAGUGUCACUUACAGAAUGGGUAGCACAAAAAAUAUCAUAUGCACCUCGACUUGUAGCGUGUACUUUUUUGGCCUCAAAUGCUUGCAAACUGCAUCCUCGGCCAAAAAAGUAACACUUACAAGCCUUGGUACAUAAAUAACUAUUUGUAUGAAGGCGUAUAAGGGAAACCCAACUUUUUAUUUCUCACUUUUUAAAAUUUCGAGUUAUAACAUAAAAUUCUACUCUAAAAUUUCGACAUAAGUCGAAAUUAAAACUCAAAAUUUUAAAAAUUGAAAAAAAAUAGGUCUUUUCAACGCCUUCAUAGUUUCGAGUCAUAUUCAUGUCCUAAAAUACAUAUUUUUGGCUUGUGACUUAUUGCAUCCAAGAUGUGGGAAAAUAAAUUGGGUACCUACCUACGUAUAUCUGAAAGUUUGGUAAAAACCAAAGAUUUUGUGAUUCAGUCUAGUUGCAAUAUCUAAAUAAUUUCUCAGAUAGUUAGAUUUUUUCUUAUUUGUUUUUGUUCAAUUUAUAUUAUGUUGAAAAGUAUCAAAUAUUUA